GAUUUGGUUGGAGUGCGUGUGUUGCACGCUCCAGUAACCAGAAAACAUAAGAGAAAGCGCUUCAACUGUUUUAAGUCGCUUAUGCAGUUUGUAUGGUCUCAAAGAGCCCAAUGGCUGCUACCAAGAUAGGACUCGGACUUGGUCCCGUCCCGACUCACCGUGUCACCUCCGUCGCCGCUCCUUCAUCCGCCGCAUUCUCCCCGCCGCCACAGCACCGCCUCUUUCUCCUCAACUCGCGGCGGGCCCUCAGACCCCGCCCUUCCCCCCAACCCCUUCGAGUAGCCGCCGCCGCCGCCGCCUCCUCCUCCUCCUCCUCCGUCGCUGCGCCAGGUCUUUCCUCGCCGCGACUACUACUACUUUGCGUGAAUGUGGCCGUGCGGCGAAUUCAAUGCGAUUUGUCUUUAAUUUUGUUUUUGUUGUUUUGCUUUUUCAAUUACAUGAGAGCGAGUAUUGAUGGUGGUGCUAGUGUGGGGGAUAAGUCUGCAUUGCUAAUCAUUUUUGAGUGGCAGCUGUGUAGAAAAGGAGUUGAAAAUGUGGUAAUUAUAGGUUCCGGCCCCGCAGGAUACACAGCAGCAAUAUAUGCAGCACGUGCCAAUUUGAAACCUGUGGUGUUUGAGGGGUACCAAGUUGGUGGUGUCCCUGGGGGACAAUUAAUGACUACAACUGAAGUGGAGAACUUUCCAGGAUUUCCUGAUGGCAUCAGUGGACCUGAUCUGAUGGACAGGAUGCGACGGCAAGCUGAACGUUGGGGUGCAGAAUUGCAUCAGGAAGAUGUUGAAGCUAUUGAUGUGAAAAGUAGCCCUUUCACUGUCCAAAGUAGUGAACGUAAGGUUAAGAGCCAUACUGUCAUUUUUGCUACUGGAGCUACUGCAAAACGACUCAGGCUACCUCGAGAAGAUGAAUUUUGGAGCCGAGGAAUUAGUGCUUGCGCAAUUUGUGAUGGAGCAUCUCCUCUCUUCAAAGGUCAAGUUCUCGCUGUCAUUGGAGGGGGGGAUACUGCUACAGAAGAAGCAUUAUACUUGACAAAAUAUGCUCGCCAUGUCCAUUUACUUGUACGUCGGGACCAACUGAGGGCUUCCAAAGCUAUGCAAGAUAGAGUGUAUGACAAUCCCAAUGUCACCGUGCACUUCAAUACAGAGACAGUGGAUCUUGUAAGCAACACCAAAGGACAGAUGUCUGGCAUUUUAAUACGGAAGGUUGACACUGGGGAGGAAUCUGUGCUUGAGGCAAAAGGGCUGUUUUAUGGCAUAGGCCAUUCACCAAAUACACAAUUGUUGAAAGGCCAAGUCGAACUUGAUCACUCUGGCUAUGUACUAGUUGAGGAGGGUACUGCAAAAACUUCAGUUGACGGUGUAUUUGCUGCUGGAGAUGUGCAGGACCAUGAAUGGAGGCAAGCUAUAACUGCUGCUGGUUCUGGAUGCAUUGCAGCUUUAUCAGUUGAGAGAUAUCUUGUGAGCAAAGAUCUUCUUGUAGAGUUCCAUCAGCCCAAAACUGAAGAGGUUAAGAAGGAACUAACAGAAAGGGAUGUUCACGAGGGCUUUGACAUUACACUUACAAAGCAUAAGGGACAGUAUGCUCUACGAAAAUUGUACCAUGAAAGUCCAAGGCUUAUAUGUGUAUUAUAUACAUCACCAACAUGUGGUCCAUGUAGGACAUUGAAGCCAAUCCUUACUAAGGUUAUUGAUGAAUUUGAUGAGAAUGUACAUUAUGUUGAAAUUGAUAUAGAGGAAGAUCCAGAGAUAGCAGAGGCAGCUGGAAUAAUGGGCACUCCAUGUGUGCAAUAUUUUAAAAAUAAGGAGAUGCUCAAAACUGUCUCUGGAGUCAAAAUGAAGAGAGAGUACAGAGAAUUUAUUGAAGCAAACAAGUAGAAGUAUUUAUAAACACCUGAGGAUGAUACUCAGAUUCUGUGAUGCAAUUUUGUUUUCCAUUUGAAAACAGCUGAAUAGUGCUGUCAAUUUUGACAACUAUUCCUUGAACCAAGUAAAUUUCAUAGAUUGUACAUGUAGAGUUACCAAUCACUAUUAUUGUUUUGUUUGUUCAAUAUUACCAUUUUCAUAUUUUAGUUCA